AUGGCGGCCAAACUCAUUGAUAAACGACUUCACAAUGUUCCUGGCAAGAUGCAGGUGACAGAAUGGCUUUUCGAUGUUCCAGUCGACUACACCAAGCUGCCUAAAGAUGGCGGGGGUAUGAUGAGGCUUUUUGCUCGAAGUGUCUCACGUCUGGACAGUCCCGUUGAGCAGCAGCCCAAAGAAGAGAGCAAGGCUCCUAUCCCGUGGCUUCUCUACCUCCAAGGUGGACCAGGCUUUGGGUGUGGCCCCCCUCAAAAUUACAGUUGGGUUGAGCCAGUGCUCAGUAAGGGGUAUCAUAUAAUGUUCAUGGAUCAGCGUGGCACUGGUCUCAGCCAAACAAUUACAGCGGGAACUCUCGCGCGCCAAGGCAAUGCUAUCCAACAGGCUGAGUAUCUUAAACUUUUCCGCGCAGACAACAUUGUCAAUGACUGCGAGGUCAUUCGUCAGUACUUGACCAAAGACUACCCAGAGGGCCAACGGAAAUGGAGUAUCAUGGGGCAGAGCUUCGGUGGUUUCUGCGCUACCACUUAUCUUUGCAAAUACCCAGAAUCCCUGAAGGAAGCUUUUAUCUGCGCUGGUUUGCCUCCGAUGGUUAAUGACCCGGAUCCAGUUUACGCUCGGACUUACGAGAAGGUCCUUGAGAGAAACAAAGCCUACUACACCAAGUACCCCGAAGACGUAGAGCGAGUCAAGACCAUCAUGAAAUACUUGACAGCCAACGAGAUCGCCUUGCCUUCAGGACGGCUCACACCGGCUCGAUUCCAACAACUUGGCCUUCUGUUCGGUUUCCACGGUGGUAUCGAUAACGUUCAUGAUGUCGUUCUUCGGGCUUGCAAUGACCUGGAGAUGUUCGAUUCUUUCACGCAACCAACUUUAUCCAUAAUCGAUAGCAAUGGUGGCAUGGACAACAACAUCAUCUACGCCAUCAUGCAUGAGGCGAUUUACUGCCAAGAACGAUCAUCCCGAUGGUCUGCCGACAGAAAAAUAAAGCAAGACGUUCGAUUCAAAACCGAUGGCUCUCAGCCAGAGAUUUACUUUACUGGAGAAAUGGUCUUCCCAAAUAUGCUCGACUCGUACUCGGAACUUAACAAAGUCCGAGAGGCUGCGGAGAUCCUGGCUCAGACAGAGGACUGGCCUGCCCUUUACAAUGAGGAAACUCUGGCAAACAAUGAAGUCCCGGUCUACGCUGCUACAUACAUUGAUGAUAUGUACGUGCACUAUGAUCUUGCUUCCCAGACUGCUGCCAAGAUCAAGGGUAUUAAGCAGUUUAUCACCAACACCAUGUAUCAUGAUGCGCUGCGAAGCAAGUCCGGAGAGGUUAUGCGCCAGCUCUUCGCCCUGCGGGAUGAUACCAUCGACUGA